UAUGUAGAUACGUGAAUGUGAAUAGUGGAGUACAUUUUAAGGUUUUUAAAGUAGAUGGAUGUAUCACAACUGCAGAUUUUAGUAGCAGAUUAUGAGAAUUUAGUACAAGAACUUACUCAGGAGCUGAAGUCUGUUAAAGCAGAAUACGAAGAACUAAAAUCAAAGGUACCUUCAAUAGUCAAUGAAAACCAGAAAUUAAUAGAGGAGUUGAAGCAUUAUGUAACUUCGAAAACUUCAGAAGAAUCCCAAACAGAAUUCAAAUUGAUUCAAAACUUGAGAUCUCAAAUUAAUUUGGUGUUAGAUGAGAAAGAAAAAGUAACUCAGUUAUGGAAAAAAGCAUCAAAAUCUGUAGAAACUUUGGAAAAUGAACUAAAUAUAUACAAAUCUGGCAAUAUCGAGUAUUUUCCCAAACAUGAAUAUUUAAGAGCGAAAAAAUCUUAUGAAGAAACCAUAAAUAAAUUGGAAAAUCAAAUAAAAAUCUUGAAAAACGAAUCGGAAACCAAGGACCUAGAAAUUCAAAACCUACUAAAAUGCUCAAUCAACAACACAGAAACUGCUAAAAAGUCUGAAUCUAAAGUAAGUACUUUAUACAAAAAUAUUUUUGAUCUUGAAAACUCUAUCGAGGCACUGAAAAAUAAAUGUGCAGGAAAAGAGAAACUGAUAAAAAAAGUAAUGGAUCAAAAUAAUGAAUUCAAAGAAAAAAUUAUUGAAGCCAUAGAAAUUGUACAAGCUGCUUUGAAUGAAAAAGAUGCAUCUUUACUUAGAGAAGCUGAAAUAAGAUCAGAAAUGAAGAAAAUGAAUGAACAACUUGAUGAUAUAAUUAAAGAAGUGCAAGAAAAGUGUAAGAAAGAGACUGAUAGUAUAAAAGAGCAAGCUGAAUUUAGGUACAAAGACAUUCUCAAAUGUCUUGAAAACACACAAGACGAGCUAAAAGAAAAAGUUGUACAAAAUGAAAAACUUCAAGCCAAAAAUAUAAUAUUACAAAACGAAAUAGAUAAAUUCUCCACUAGAGGAGUAGACUCAGAAGAAAGCAAAACUUCAAAAUUACUAAUUCUCGAAAAAAGCUUGGAAUCUACGUUUCAGAAACUUUUAGUGUCCGAAAAACAAAACAUUCAGCUAAAAUCUGAAUUAGAAACUAUUAAAAACGAUAUGGAACAGAUGGCAGCUUACUAUGAGAGAGUUUUGAAAACCAAAGAUCUUGAAAAAUUGACUCUACAGAACAUCAAUAACCAGCAUAAAUCGGUUAUCAAAGAGAACGAAUUGAAGAUAAAAAGUUUAAAUAAUGAUAUAGAGGUCGCGAAAAGCCAAUCUCAUAUUUUAGAAAAGGACCUCAACAAACACAUAGAAGAUCAAGAGAAACUUAUAAAUUCAAUUAAAAUUGAAAAAUCUGAACUAGUUUCUUCUUUCAAUGAACAACUCAAGCAACUUAAUGAAGAAAUUGAGCUCAGAAAUGAAAUCAACAAGAAACUAUUGAUAGAAACGAAAGAUAUAAUAAACAAGCUAGAGAAUUUGACGAAAACUUUAAAAACAGAUGCACGCAAAGUUAAAAAAGAGAAUGCGGUGCUAAAAGAUGAAUUACAACUGUAUAAAAGAAAGUUGAGUCAGUAUAGAGAAAUAUUAAAUAUGCUAGCUAUAGAUGUUAAUAAAAUAAAUGCCGUCAACACUGAUAACCAACAAAGUCAACCAAAUAUACUUAGCUGACAUUCAUUGAAAUGGUGCCCAACACCAAAGAAAUACCUCAAAAUCAGGGGAUGUAGUUACAUGUCUAGAAAAGAAAAACAAGCGCAGAGGAAAGGAACUAGUGGUUUUAGAACUAAAAGAAAAUGGAAGUAUAUUAAACUAAUUUGCAAGACACGAGAAGUUGUAUAGUGAAAAACAAUCCAAAUGUUUUUAUGAAUUGAUAACUUAUAAUGGAAGUGACAAUAAUUGUAGUUAUAUUUUUGUAUUUUCU